AUGCGGAGCUUGAGGCAUCCGCACAUCGUCUCUUACUACGGCUGUCAUUGGGCUGAUGACCACCUCCAAAUGUACCUGGAGUAUAUGGCCGGCGGUUCCCUUGCGCAGGUCCUUGCGAAUUUCGGGCCUUUGGAGGAGUCGUUGAUCGCACGGUACACGCAGCAGCUGCUACUUGGUCUGGAGUAUCUGCACACGCAGAACCCUUACAUCUUGCAUCGUGACAUCAAGGGUGCGAACGUCCUCGUCGGUCUCGACUCCCUGGCGAAGCUCGCAGAUUUCGGGUGCUCGAAGCGUGCCAAGGAAACAACAUCUGUGACCAUCGAAGGCUCCAUUCCAUGGAUGGCACCUGAGGUCCUGACGCAUUCUCGCUACGGGCGAGCAGGUGACAUCUGGAGCUUCGGAUGCCUGGUGAUUGAGAUGGCGACUGCAGACUCGCCGUGGGGUCACUUCGACAACUUGAUGGCAGCGAUUCUCAAGAUCGGCAUGUCUGGAGAGUUGCCACCGAUCCCGGAUACGGUCUCUGUCAACUGUCGCGGCUUUAUCCGACGCUGCACGCAACAUGAUCCAGGCAAGCGCCUCAGUGCCACUGAGCUCCUGAAUGAAGACUUCGUGCUUGUCCCAGAUGAGGAGGGAUGCCACAAAAAGAAAGAGGAAGCCUCCACUGCUGCUCAGCCAGCCCCGGCUUGCGAGCGCAUAGAAGAGGAGGAUGCGGAGGAGCUCCUUCCCGUAGGAUGGGAGCGGCACUAUGACCCCCACUGGUCGGCCUGGUAUUACUGGCAUCGUAACAGCGGGCGAUCGCAGUGGGUCCGGCCCAACGAUGACGAAGCAGACGUCGAGGAGGAAAGCACCUCGCAGCGCAGUGGCAAAAGUGGAAAGAGUGGCAAAAGCUCUCAAGGACCGGGACUUCCGCAGACUUUGCCAGGGUUCGUGAGUGAAGAAUGCUGA